AUGCUGGUAGCUAUUAGGAGAUUCAAUACAGUGGCAAAACAAUCUGCACCAUUAUUGUUUCAUGUAGAAGUAGAAUUUGCCAAUGGUAGUGUAUUCAAGCUGUCUGCUGAGUUUCUCAGAAUAAAUAGCCCGGCAGUUGAUGGAAAAAUCCAAUCAAUUGGAGGUGAAAAGGUGAUAUCUAGAAGACGUCAUGUGAGAAUUAUGUCUGUUGAGCCUGUAGGAAACUAUGGGAUAAGGCUCAAUUUUGAUGACUUGCAUAAAACUGGUAUUUCUUCCUGGGAUUAUUUCUAUCAUCUAAGAAGCAACAAAUUUACCCUUAUGAGAAAUUACAUUCAAACACUGAAGAAAUACGGGCUUAGUCGAGAUCCACGAGGAAGAAAAUGUUUGACUACACAAACUAGUUUCAGAUGUGUUGGCAGUUUUCAUGCUAAUAGUCAUAUGUUAGCUGCAAGAGUGCUAUAA